AUGCAUCGUCUUUUUGCUGAGCUGGAGCCAUCUUUAACCGUCACAGAGCAAAACCUGGCAGACCGAGUUCGGUAUAUCUUGCGCUCAAAUAUAUUUGAUGUCGCCGAACUCGAACGGCUACGACGUGAGGCUGUUCCCUCGUCGGAUGAGAAUGCUACGGCUGAGGAUGCGGCGCCACAAAUGGUAGAGCAACCCGCAAACGUGGAUGCCGCCGUGAAUACCCCAGUUGUGGUUGAUUCAAACGAUGAUGGAACAGUCGCCCAGGAACUGGAAUUAGAGCAUAUGAGGAGUACAUUGGAAGAGGCGAUUGUGGAAACGCGCAGUACGCCUCUCGAAAAUCGACCGCGACUUCCCCGCAUAGCCCUAAGCAAGCGGAAUCGGGCUGUCGUGAGGGCUCUGAACCCAAUGCUGGUGACCUAUUUGGAAGCCAGCCGGGACCUUUGCGAGACGGACUCAAUUCUUUUUGGCGCCGCGCUGGCAGUCUGCCGUAUCAUAGGCGCCAAGGUUUCCACGGCUGGACGCGCUACUGGCCAUAGUAGCGCUAUCCCAGCAUGGAGAAGAAGAAUUGAGGAACGUAUCGCAAAGGCUAGAGCUCUCAUCGGCAGACUGAUAUGCUUCAGAUCAGGCAACAACAGGCCAAGAAUUGUGCGCACCGUCAGGAUGGCGUUUGCUGGGACAAAUGUCAGUUUGUCCCAGCCGGAUAUAACGCAAAAACUGACGGAGCGCAUAGAUGAUCUGAAGCAGAGAAUCGCUGCUUGGGGAAAGCGGAUUCGGCGAUAUACCGAGAGGUCGACACGGUUCAACCAGAAUCGUCUCUUCCAGAGUGAUCAGAAGAGGCUCUAUGAAUCAUUGGAGCGACCAAUGGUAAGUGGAACGGGUCCAGCACCGAAUCAGGCCGACACUGUAGCAUUCUGGCGCGACCUGUGGUCAGAGCCCGUAAACCACAGCGAGGGCCCUUGGACGGAAGUUGUGGCGAGUCAGUGUGCGGGUAUUACGCCCAUGGACCCCGUCAUCAUAACGCCGAAUGACGUAGCUGAGGCGGUCCGUAGGGCCCCGAACUGGAAAAGUCCGGGGCUUGACGGGCUGCAUCACUACUGGCUGAAGGGGUUCAUGGUGUGUCACUCUGUGCUCGCCCGACAGUUUCAAGAGGCUCUCAACCAGAAGUCGCUCCCAAGCCUCUUCACUACUGGGAUCACUCAUUUGGUUCCUAAAGACCAGGGUACCACAGACCCGAGCAAAUACCGCCCCAUCACACGACCGUGUCGACUCUCGGUAUACCGAGAAGUCGACACGGUCGUCUUCCGGAGUGAUCAGAAGAGGCUCAUAAUCAUUGGAGUGACCAAUAGUAAGUGGAACGGGCCCAGCACCGAAUUAGGCGACACUGUCGAAUUCUGGCGCAGCCUGUGGUCAGAGCCUGUAAACCACAGCGAGGGCCCUUGGACGGAAGCUGUGGCGAGUCAGUGUGCGAGUAUUACGGCCAUGGACCCCAUCGUCAUAACGCCUGAUGACGUAGGUGAGGCGGUCCGUAGGGCCCCGAACUGGAAAUGUCCGGGACUCGACGGGCUGCAUCACUACUGGCUGAAAGGGUUCGUGGUGUGUCACGCUGUGCUCGCCCGACAGCUUCAAGAGGCUCUCAACCAGAAGUAG